GUUGGCCGCCCGCUGGGUCCCCGGCGCUACCCGCAGCGAGGCCCCGCCGCCCGCGGGCCCCGGAGCCAGACCGCACCGGGUCCCGCCCGCCCUUCAGUCUGAUGCCCGUCCAGCUCUCCAGCCCCCCGGAAUGGAAUGAGUCUAUGCACUCUCUCCGGAUCAGCGUGGGGGGCCUUCCCGUGCUGGCGUCCAUGACCAAGGCCGCGGACCCCCGCUUCCGCCCCCGCUGGAGGGUGAUCCUGCCGUCCUUCGUGGGCGCCGCCGUCCUCUGGCUGCUCUACGCCCACCGCCCUCCUCCUGGCCGGCCCCCCCUGCCCAACGCCCACAACUGGAAGCUCGGCCAGCUACCUGCUGCCCGGUACAAUGACACCUACCCACUGUCUGUCCCCCAGAGGACGCCGGGCGGGACACGAUACCGGAUCGCUGUUAUCGCCGACCUGGACACAAAGUCCAGGGCCCCGGAGGAGAACACCUGGGUCAGUUACCUGAAGAAGGGUCACCUGACCCUGUCGGACAGCGGGGACCGGGUGGCCGUGGAGUGGGACCAAGGCCAUGAGGUCUUGGAGUCCCACCUGGCGGAAAAGGGGCGGGGCAUGGAGCUGUCGGAUCUGAUCGUCUUCAACGGGAAGCUCUACUCCGUGGACGACCGGACGGGCGUGGUCUACCAGAUCGACGGCUCCAGGGCCGUGCCCUGGGUCAUCCUGUCAGACGGCGACGGCACCGUGGGGAAAGGCUUCAAAGCCGAGUGGCUGGCCGUGAAGGACGAGCAUCUGUAUGUGGGCGGCCUGGGCAAGGAGUGGACCACCGCCACGGGGGAGGUGCUGAAUGAGAACCCGGAGUGGGUGAAAGUGGUGGGCUGCAGAGGCAGCGUGGACCACGAGAACUGGGUGUCCAGCUACAACGCCUUGCGGGCCGCUGCUGGGAUCCGGCCGCCAGGCUACCUCAUCCACGAGUCUGCCUGCUGGAGCGACACACUGCAGCGCUGGUUCUUCCUGCCGCGCCGCGCCAGCCACGAGCGCUACAGCGAGAAGGAUGACGAGCGUCGGGGCACCAACCUGCUGCUGAGCGCCGCCCAGGACUUUGGGGACAUCACCGUCCGGCACGUGGGAGCGGUGGUCCCCACCCACGGCUUCUCCUCUUUCAAGUUCAUCCCCAACACCGACGACCAGAUCAUCGUGGCCCUCAAGUCCGAGGAAGACGGCGGCCAGAUUGCCACCUACAUCAUGGCCUUCACGCUGGACGGACGCUUCCUCCUGCCCGAGACCAAGAUCGGGAGUGUGAAGUAUGAGGGCAUAGAGUUCAUUUGAACUGAGAAAAGUCAAGAUGACGAGCAAGGCCGAGGGGUGGACAGUUUUAAGCUACGUCAGGACUCAAGUUUUAUAAAAAACCCAAGGACUGCACUUUCAUGUGAUUAGUUUAUCUUUUUAUCUUUCUUUUUUCUUUUUUUUUUUUUUUUGAACUCUUGAGGUGUGUGCCUGGUUUAGAAAUUUCCAGAAUUAGGAGCUCAGUCCCAGCCUGAGAUGUGGCUUCUCAGAGGGGAACGGAAGUGGCGGGGUGGUGGGGUAUCCCAGAACUACAGGCUGGACAUUUCCCUGCGCUGCCGCCUGGUGGUUGAAGCUAGUCAUUGCAGGCAUCUUGAUUCAGCCCUUUCUUCCAUCUGACCUCCUCUUCUUUUUUCUCCAUUUCUCCUUCUGUUCAAUAAAUAUUUCUUGAGCUCCUACUGUGUGUCCAGCACUGUGCCCUCUCUGGGAACCCAGCAGUGAGUCUGAAGUGGGGCUGACAGCUUGGUGCUCCUGGGCCACCCCUCAUCUCUUCCUUGUGAACCUCAGGCAUUAAAUUCACCCCUCCAGGCCCCUGGAAAAGAACCUGUUUACACUGCAGGGCCUCACAGGGCUGUGAGAGCAAGGGCAGGCCUCCGGGAACACGUCUGCUCAAAGUGCCGCAAGAGGGGACACAGGCCCACCGUCUGCCCCCACGUCAAACUUCUCCAUUCAAGGGACUGGCCCUGUAUUCUGUCUUCAGGGAAAUUCUAUGCCUGUGUAGCACUUUGAAGUUUUAAUUAUUAGCUUAUAUAUUAAUUAGUUUCCUUUCUUAUAAAAUGGAAUCGGCAAAUCUUAUCAAGAGCAAAGUCCUGUACUUAAGAAAUUCAUUCCCAGCAGUGAAGAAAAUGGUAAUUAAGAAGUUACAGUUGGUAAGGCAAGUUUUCAAUCAUUUCUAAGUCCUUGGCCAAAGGAUACAAUGAUAAGGAUACAAUACCUUUUUCUAGCAAUUAUCAGAAAUUGCCAUUCCUUGAAAGACUUCCGUGAAUGACUUGAAUGUGUAAUUCCUGAGGCAAGAGGGGCCCUAGGUUCUGGCAAGCCUGCACCUGGCCCCCGACGCUGGGGCUCCCUUACCCUGGAGUUUGUGGACAAGGCCUGCCUGGUCCAGCAGUUUCUGCCCUGGCUUUUUAUUUCUUCACUUCCCUAUGGGAGUUCUGCAGCCUUUUCUUUCUAGAAACUUCAGAGAAACUUUGGCAUGCCUUAGUCCCUGUGGUCUCUUCUCCAUACCCCAGGGUAAAGGUAGAGAGUUUGGGACACAGGUCAGCCAGAACCACAGCCUAGAAGGGCCAUCACCAUCAGCCCAUGGUCCCCCUCGCCCAGAAGCUACCUCACCUCUCAGGAGAAUGUAGGUUUUGUGAUGGCCGGGAAGCGCCCUGUUUUAGGCUCUGGCUGUUGCCUUGUGAACCCCCGUCUCAUAGACUUUUCCCACUUUGGAAUUUUAAUACGAAUGCUUGGAGGGGACCCAGGAAGGAUCCCUCAUUCCUGCGCUGGUUGUUUCUUCCACUAUAAAAUGAAUAGCAGAAGAACAGAAAACAGGGUUUUGAACAGACAUGUCUCUCUAGAACUCAGCUCCCACUGUACGCAGUCUGAAGGCCCAAGUCUUUUCUGACUUUGCUUACCUGGGCUCCCUGACCCACCUCCUUGAUAAAUAUCCACGACAUUCAGGGCUGUGUGAUAUUAAAAAUACCAGAGAUGAAAUUAGGAAGGUUGGAGGACUAGGGAUAGUCACUGGGUUGAGAUCUAAGACCCAGGUGCUCAGGAGCUCCAUUUUCACACAGUCAGUGAUUUUCAAGUAUUUUAAAGCUAGACUUUACCCCCACCCCCACCCCAUUCGCUGCUGUAAGCAUAAUGAUUGUGUUCCUUCCUACUGGAGCCAUUGUUUUGUAAACAAUAAAGUGAAUUCUCUUUG